GGGAUAUAUGCCCCGGUAGUCUCGGCUUUCGGGAGGCUUUCCAGACUGUUGAAUUACCAUGGAAUACCGUCCUAAACCGCGUCUACCGAGAUCCACUAGAACCUGGCGAUGAUCAUCUACGACGGGGGAAGGGAUGCAGAUGGGAAUGGAACCAUAUGAUGCUGUAGCUCAACAGACCUGACUGUUGAACGUAGAUCAUAAUACCAGCUUACACCCUACAAUUCUAUGUCUCUCGAGCACUGUUAUAAAGCUGUAAAGGUGAGGCUCCAUCUCUCGGCCCGUUACCCGUGAACAACGGCAUUCAUUUUGUUGAAAAAAGAAUCUUGGCCUGCUACGAGACCCCUGAUGGCAAUUCGACAUUUCUCGUUGGCUCGCCUAGUGAGAGGGGUUUUGGGAUUUUGGUUGAGCUUGAUGAGGGGCCAGGCUCUGAGGAACCCUUGUAGCUUAUAACCCCGGGAGAAGCCCGCUCUGGACCGGCUUAGCUACCGUGAUCGCGGCACUUUAAUGGAGCCAUGGCGUAAUCGUGGGGUUGCUCAGUGGAGGAGGCUGUUUUGUUGUCAGAGCUGUUUUGGUAAUGGUAACGAGAAACAAAGCUACAGUUGAAGUUGUAUAAGAACCUUGCUCUGUCAGAUAAAAUGCCAAACUUAGUAAAAAUAAAUGCUUGUUGCUCCUUGGAGUAUAUGUAUUCACAGUCAUUAUCUCCCUCAGUCUAUCCAGACGCCAUAUUCUGCAAACCCUAUAUCUCGUUAUAUCCAAGAUAGAUCCAUAUGGAAACCCAAAAUGCUCAAUAUCGCUCUCAGUGCUCAACACUUGAAAUGCAUACCAAUCUCGGUAUUAAAUCCAUAACCCAGAUUAAGGGUACGCCGGCUCAGCAUACCGUCUCCCAGAAACCCCAAGGGGACUGGUCCCCCGCUCAUCAGGCGGCAUGCGCUUCUCCCAUCUUUUCCUCUCAGAUCGCGGAUCCCAUCCGGGAUAGUCGCGUCUUCGCUCGGCAUCCGCAUGGCUGCUAGUCCGUCUCUCCAUGUCUGGUCGGCGCAGGUACCGAUCACGUCUUUCUUCUUCUCUUUCCCUGUCGAGUUCCCGCUGCCGACCCCUGUCGCGAAUUCGUUCUCGCUCGCGGUCUCGUUCCCUUUCUCUAUCUCGCUCUUCGCGCAUUCGUCUUGAUCGCUUGAAAUCUUCGUCGCUGGACUCUGCUUCUGAGGAAGCUCCUGAUAUGUCGGAGUAGCUUCUGCUGAGUCGAGAUGGGGGAAGUCGGUCUCGGCUUCGGCGUCCGCGGGACGAGUCGGUGUUGUAGGAUGGGGCUCUAGGUGGGUUUCUGGUACGAUCUGGGUUGCUGCUGAGUCCGUUGGGGAGAAUGUUUGAGACCUUUUCAGUCAGCUUUUCUCGCAGGCUGGGGCUGUGUGUUGAUCUUCGGCGGGUGGAAUCGUCUGAAGCUCUACCAUCAGCGCGAUGGGGCCGGAAUGUUGGGGGCGGGUUGCUAGCAACAGGAGGCGGGCGAUCAUUCGUUGGUGAAUAUCGACGAGACGUCGGCGAAGGCGGGCUUGCUUCAGGUCUUCUCUUUGCGCGAGGAGGAACCGGCUCAUCAUCACUUGAGUCUGAAGAGUAGUGCCUGGGCUGACUGUGUCGACGAGGCGGUGCGGGCCGCUUCGCAUGAGGGUCGAGAUAAGACCCCGGGGGCGCAUGCGGUGCAUGUGGUGGUACGUCUGGCGAAGGUUGCUGGUUAUAAUCGGAGAAGCUUCGUCUUCGGGCAUGUUCAUCAGAGCGGCUGUUGUACCUCUCAGGCGAAGGUCUGGUUGGUCGCCCUCCUGCAUGUCUGCCCGGCACAUGAUUGUACAACGGUCGUUCAGGCCUGGCUCGGGUUCCAGGAAAAGCACUUCCUCUCACGUGGGAGUAGGCGAACUUGGGCUCUGGUCCUUCCGGAGGUUCACCCGGCCCAGUUGGUUCUCGUGCUUCUCUGUAUGCCUCCCUCUCUCGAGCGUUUGCUUCUUUUCGUAACUUCUCGGCGCACGACUUAUGCCAUCGAUCCACCUCGGCGUCGGCUUGCGUUGGGAAUACAGUUGGAGGUAGUUCGGCUGGAAAGUCUUGGCCGGUCUCGGGAUGUUUUAGCUGCCAGUUCUUGACAGCGAACUGUAAGAAAGGAACGUGUUCCUCGGGACCGAGAAGGAUCUCGAGAGAUUCCCAUCGUGAGAAGCCUCGAGCGGUGAGGGCAGGUAUUGAAGGUGGUGCGAAAUCAUCGUCGGUUGGUUGUAGUGUGUGUUGACAUCCAGUAACUUGCCAGAUGUAUGAGAUGGACUCGUGUGGCAUUUCAAAUAAAGCUUUAAAUGUUAGGUAUGUGUCGCACAAAGCCACUAUGGAACUUACAGUCAUAAUCGCCUCCAACAGCCUUGUAGAAGGCGGCCAGCUUUUCCGGGGUAAGGUGACAAACGGUUUUAUCGCCUAUCUCGAGUAUCUAUUAUGACGUAAGGUGGUUAGUAUGCGAUCUUUAGAAUAUUGACAAUUUUGGAACCAAGUGGUUAAAGAGAGGGUGCGCGCAUACAAUAUGACGACUAAUAGCUCUUAAUAGAGCAUCUAAUAACUUCGAAGGGCUUUUAUCCUUCUCAUACAUAUACGAAUACUCAAUAGCCGGAGGCGGCGGGGUUGACGAAGUUGCGCCCGGCGGGGCUUCUGUCCUUGGAGGGGCCGCCAUAGCUGAAUAGCAAAAGGCGAAUAGUGAGGUAAAAGAUGAAGGUGAUAAGAGAGGUUGUCGAGAAAAAAUGUCACGAUGAAGGCGCGCUCACAUCCAGGGCAGAUCGCGGGGAAACGUGGAUGGCGGUCAGCGGGUCGAUAUCGAUAUCCAAGAUGGACAAGUUGUAAUGAUGCCGUAAACGAGGACGAUGGUGCAUUCGACAAGACUCUUCAGAACAACAGAGGGAAAUAAAAAAGUAAAGACGGCGAUAAAGGUCGCAAAGGUGCACAGUAGCACAGACCCGAUCAAGUCCCGUCAGGUUUGGGUUGGGAUCCAAUACCUUAUAUGAAAUGGAGCCCAGCUGAUGAAUGAAAUGACAAUGACAACCUAGACUACCUGAGUCAAAAGGUAAGGCAAGGCAAGGCAAGGCAAUGCCAGGCAGAGUUGACCGGGGUAGACUUGGCGAAGAAGUGGGCAGAAAGACGAGGAUCUUCUUAUUUAUUCAAGGGGAAGGGGAAAAAAGCACGAGCACAAGAACAAGGCAACGGUAAACAAGGCACAAAGAGACAAGAACAGAAGACAGAAAAAAGACGCUUGCUACUGCUGCUGCUUGUGUGAGAGAGGAAAAGAGUUGGUUCCAUGAUUUGACUGGUCUCUUACAUGAGGGACAUGGAUGUGCCUGGGAGACUGCGGGUGGCUGACAAAAGGUUGCUCCUAGCAGAUACUCUGUACAGUAUAGCACAAUAAGCAGCUGACUCUUGUAUCAUCCGGAGCCACUACCUAUUCGCCAUGUUGAUCUUCUGUAUCCUUUUUGUUUCUUCAAUCUCUUUGUUACACCGCCUUGUGUUGUUAAUCGUCUUUGCGGUGUUUAUAACUAUCCCGUCCCCCAUCGGAAUCUACAAUAACAGCGUACUUCCGAGAAACAAACACAACAACAUGUCAUAACGCAAACAGACAUCAUAUCACAUCGCAGCAGCCUUCACUGCCGGCCCCUCGUGGCCUGACACGUGCAUCACUGUUGUAGGCCCCCGGGUGAUCCCUCCCACGAGGAACAAUCUACCUUGGGUCGGGCAGUACAAAAGUCCAAGUCUAAGAAGAAGUGGAUUCCUUCACUUUCAUUUUCGCAACGGUCUACGGCUGUGUCAGGCAAUCUAAGCCCAUAACACGAAAAUAGCUGUUUUCAAACCUGGUUGGUUCCCUCUUGAGGCUGAGCUGACUGUACUUUUUGCUUGCUGUGUCGCAGAAAUGGUGUGCUGAACUGAACACCCCCACUAACAUCUGUGAGAUGAUUUGACAUGGGCUGAAUAAUCUCGAAGAUUCUUACAUGUUCCCUUGGCGUCAUUUGAGGCUGAUAGAUCAGUUUAUUCGGAUACUUUUGUGAACGGGAUGGUACAACGUGGAAAUGAGCAAGCAUCUUGUGAAACAACCGGGUACUGAUGUCAUUGUUUACUCGAGAACAGGGGACCAUUUUUAAUUGAUAGCCCAACCAAGCAAAUCUGUUCCGAAAAGCCGGAGCAGACGCUGUUGAGGAAAGUUCUCUAGGCUCCAAUAAGGCAACGGUCAUCUCCAAUUAAUUUCAUCACGUACUGUUGGCCUCUUCUUCUGAAAGUCUAGUAAAGUUGAGACAAGCAAUCCCAAGCUUUGUGACGUCUUUGUCCACUUCUUUCACACUCCUUCCGAAAUACUUCUUUGUAUAAUCGCUGAGCUUUGAUCGGCUUCUCUUCUACACCUUUUUACGUUAUUCUUGGUCUCUAACAAAUCAGACUACCAUGGACGCCCUCAAAUCCGCCAUCACUCCCAUCACGCAUAACCUCCCCGCGCCGAUUCGCGACUUGGGCGUUUCCAUCAUCGGCGAGACGUGCUACAAAUCUCUACUUCUCGACGUCAACAUUGAGGAUGCCGAUUGCAUCAAGUUUGCUGUCUCCAAGGCUCUCGGCAUCGGUAUCAUCGCCGCUUCGUCCAUCGUCAAGGUCCCCCAGAUCCUGAAGCUCCUCAACUCCAAGUCCGCCGAGGGUGUAUCGUUCCUCUCAUACCUUCUCGAGACCGCGUCGUACAUCAUCUCGCUCGCCUACAACUUCCGAAAUGGCUUUCCUUUCAGCACCUAUGGCGAGACUGCCUUGAUCGUGGGACAGAAUGUUAUCAUCUCGGUGCUUGUUCUGAACUACAGUGGCCGUGCUAGCCUGGCUGCUGUCUUUGUUGCUGCGCUUGCUGGAACUGUUGCUACACUGUUUGCUGAGAAUGUUGUGGAUGCGCAGACCUUGAGCUACCUCCAGGCUGGUGCUGGUGUUCUGAGCGUUGCCAGCAAGCUGCCUCAGAUCCUCACCAUCUUCCAGCAGGGUGGUACUGGUCAGCUCAGCGCUUUCGCUGUCUUCAACUACCUUGCCGGAUCUUUGUCCCGAAUCUUCACAACCCUCCAGGAGGUCGACGACAAGCUCAUUCUUUACGGAUUCGUCUCUGGCUUCGUCCUCAACGCCAUCCUUGCUCUCCAGAUGAUCUUCUACUGGAACGCUCCCUCCGAGAAGGCCAAGGGCAAGCAACCAGCUGCUCCCAUUGCGGCCAAGCCUGCUACUCUGACUCCUUCUUCCUCUACCACUGCUACUCCCAAGAAGAGCCCUACCACUCGCCGACGUGGUUAGAUGGUUAGAUUCUUUUGUGUGGUUGCGUUUGCUUUAUAGACUCGAUUUGUCAUAGUCAUUUUUAAUAAGAUUUCACUCUGUUACGUGCUUUGACUUUGAGUUGGUUGAUUAUGUUAUUUUGACAUGUAUCUGUCGUUAAAUGUUACACGAAAACGCGUGAUGCUAACU